UAACUGAGAGGAGAAAUGGAGCAGAAUCAGCUGGACCGAGAAACCUUCUCCUGUUCGAUCUGUCUGGAUAAACUGAAGGAUCCAGUGACUAUUCCCUGUGGACACAGUUACUGUAUGAACUGUAUUAAAACACACUGGAAUGAAGAGGAUCAGAAAGGAAUCCACAGCUGUCCUCAGUGCAGGAAACCUUUCAUACCGAGGCCUGUCGUGGAGAAGAACACCAUCCUAGCAGCUUUAGUGGAGCAGCUGAAGAAGACUGGACUCCAACCUUCUCUUGCUGAUCACUGCUAUGCUGGACCUGAAGAUGUGGCCUGUGAUUUCUGUACUGGAAGAAAACUGAAAGCCAUCAAGUCCUGUUUAUUCUGUCUGGCCUCUUACUGUGAGAAACAUCUUCAGCCUCAUUAUGAUUCAGCUACAUUUAAGAAACACAAGCUGGUGGAGCCCUCCAAGAACCUCCAGGAGAACAUCUGCUCUCGUCAUGAUGAGGUGAUGAAUAUGUUUUGCCGUACUGAUCAGAAAUGUAUCUGUAGUCUCUGUUUAUUGAAUGAACAUCAACAUCACGACACAGUCUCAGCUGCAGCAGAAAGGACUGAGAGGCAGAGAGAGCUGGAGGUGAGACGAGAAGAAAUCCAGCAGAGAAUCCAGGACAGAGAGAAAGAUGUGAAGCUGCUUCAACAGGAGGUGGAGGCCAUCAAUCACUCUGCUGAUAAAACAGUGGAGGACAGUGAGAAGAUCUUCACUGAGCUGAUCCGUCUCAUCCAGAAAAGAAGCUCUGAUGUGAAGCAGCAGAUCAGAUCCCAGCAGGAAACUGAAGUGAGUCGAGUCAAAGAGCUUCAGGAGAAGCUGGAGCAGGAGAUCACUGAGCUGAAGAGGAAAGAUGCUGAGCUGAAGCAGCUCUCAAACACAGAGGAUCACAACCAGUUUCUCCACAACUACCCCUCACUGUCAGCACUCAGUGAGUCUACACACUCAUCCAGCAUCAAUAUCCGUCCUCUGAGAUACUUUGAGGAUGUGACAGCAGCUGUGUCAGAGCUCAGAGAGUUCGACCAACCCUCCAGCAUCGAUAUCCUUCCUCCGGUCUUUAAGAAUGUGAUAGCAGCUGUGUCGGAGCUCAGAGAUAAACUACAGGACAUCCUGAGAGACACAUGGACAAACAUCUCACUGACCCUCACUGAGGGGGAUGAUCUAGAGUCAGAACCAGAACCAAAGAGCAGAGCGGGAUUCUUAAAAUAUUCAUGUGAAAUCACACUGGAUCCAAACACAGCAAACACAUGGCUGUUACUAUCAGAGGAGAACAGGAAGGUGACAAUGAUAAAUCAAUAUCAGUCUUAUUCUAGUCAUCCAGACAGAUUCACUGAUUAUUUCCAGGUUCUGAGUAGAGAGAGUCUGACUGGACGUUGUUACUGGGAGGUGGAGUGGAGAUGGAGAGGAGUUUCUGUAGCAGUCGCAUACAAGAACAUCAGCAGAGCAGGAAGAGGUAGUGAAUGUGGAUUUGGAUGUAAUGACGAAUCUUGGGCAUUAAAUUGUUCCCAAGACGGUUAUAGUUUUGGUCACAACAACAUCUGGACCUCCAUCUCAGGUCCUGGUUCCUCCAGAGUAGGAGUGUACCUGGAUCACAGAGCAGGUCUUCUGUCCUUCUACAGCGUCUCUGAAACCAUGACUCUCCUCCACAGAGUCCAGACCACAUUCACUCAGCCGCUACAUGCUGGAGUUCUGGUUAACUGGCCUGGAGACUGUGCAGAGUUCUGUAAACCCAAAUAGACAGAAUCCACUGAAGGUUCAAUGAGUUUGAUUCUGAUUUUUAAUUCUCCAACAGAUUUUUUCUUGAUCAUUGUUGUUUUAUGUCUAAACUGCACAGAAAACAAUAGUCAGAGAUUGUCAGCACUUGUUUUUCUUCAGAUUUGAUGUUCUGGUUCUGUUGAAUUUGUUCAUUUCUCAUCAUUCUUCUCUAAAACAGCUGAUCAGAACCAGAAUAUUUGCUGUUUUUCCCUUCUUGUUGCUUUUAGCAGCAAAGACUGUGAACUCAGUAAUAAAAUGACAAAUGAUUCCCAGGUUGAAGAAGUGAAACCAGUUCUUUGAUCACCUUCUUGUUUGAACACAUUUUGUUGAGUCCUGACUCACAGGAGACAACAGAUAUUGUCUCAUUGUGGACUUGAGCUGAUUUCAUGUCUUGUUGAUUUUUAGGAGGAGAAACUUCACAAUAAAGCUGUCAUGUUUCUUCACUGUUUAACUCUGUUGGUGAUGGCAUACUGCCCCCUACAGGAAGGUUGUGUUGUUACAUGACAUGGAGUCCAGGAAGUGUUUAUUAUUGCUUCAUUAUUAUUAGUUAUAUAGAAUAAAUCUGUGUUUUUAAUCACUGUAAAUAAAGUUAUUGUUUGAUUA